AUGGAAAAUGAUAAUGAUAUGAAUAUUGAUGGAGAAGCCUCAGAAAUAUCGCCGUCGGUUUGGUUAGGGUCGUACUCGGUGCUUUCACAGCAGCCAUUUUUGGACGCAAAGAAUAUCAAGGUGAUCAUCAAUUGUUCGCCUACAUGUAAAUUCUUGAAAGAAUUGAGUGCCAGUGGCAUGAGCAUGUCUUCGGAUUUGGUCAUAUUGCUGUUGGACCCGCCGUUUGAUUCUGGAAAGGUGACAGACGAUGAGAUGCCUCUUUUGAACGACUACAUGAGCAGAUUCAAUCGAAUUUUGCAAAAUUACAUUAGUUUUUUCUACAACUUGAAUCCAGAAGUAAAUAAUCUAAUCCACAAGUUUCCACAGAACAAGCCGCUCAACAUUAGCAGUCCAAUAUUGACGGGAAAUUUGAAAGAGCAAUUUUUCAACAUCAACCGCUUGCUUAAAUUGUUAAAAAAUAUGAACAACUCUAUUGGGACGCUUAUAGUGUCGCCCGAUGGAAACAGCCAACUCUCUACUGGUGUGGCUAUGUCUUAUCUUAUGGAUAACUAUAAUUUCAACUUUGAUGCCAGCUACACUAACCUCAAAAUCACAAGGCCUCUGAUUAUUCCCUUGAAUUAUCAGUAUUAUGACGACUUGCUUAUAAUUGAAAACUUGAAGAAGUUUUACCAGGAAAAUACGUCGAUAAAGCAGACUAAUAACGUGUUGUUGACAACAAACUGCAAUUUGAAGAGGAAGAAUGAUUAUGAUUAUAUCUGGGUAGGUGGGUCCAAACGAAAGAACGUAGAAUGA